ACAGAAAGCAUGGCAUUCCUGGUCGGCGUCGGGCAACUGCUUGUGUUGCUUAUUGUCCUCUUCCAUCACACAACAUCACUUCCCACUUUCGACAGGAGUCAAAGGCAUGUUGAUGGACUCUUCACAAGUGAGUUAAGUAAACUGCGUGGGUCCUUGUCUGCUAAAAACUACGUCAAAGCACUACUGGGAGCCAGGCGAAGCUUGUCCGAAACAUCUGGUUUGAGCACAAGGCAACUUGGAGACAUCGAAUUCACCAACAAAUACGCUGAUUACCUAAAGUCCAAGGCAAAGUUACACAAAAUCACCUCCCUACUGAAACACAUGCAGAACAUUAAAAGGAGUGAUGAAGAAAGUUUUCAGGAGACCCCUGAGCCUCAAAUAUCCCCUGUUACAGAAGAAAUCAACAUGGAUGUGAAUGGCAUCUGCCUCCUCUGGUUCCAGCAGAAUCUUCUUAAUGAUGACAGCAGUCUUAUUGGCACCGAUUCAGAUGAGGCUAAUCAGCUGAUUGGUCAGUUUAUUUGCCAAGCUGUGAACCAACUAGUUGCAGACCUCUACCAAGAAGACUUCUACCUACCAGUCAAUCAAGAGAGGGAGUGAGGGAAAGGCAGUCAUCAGCACAAGCAAGGAGAAUCGAGAUGCAAUACCAGUCAUCUUUUUAUUUAAUAAUUAUUAUUACUCACCAAUGUUUAUUACAUUAAGAUGUUUAAUGUAAAAUAACCUGUAA